UGUCGCAUGGUCGCAUGUCACAGAAACACUGACGCUCGACCUUUGUCAAUGACUCUUAAUGAAUGAGUUUUCUCUGUGUAACUGUCUGCGCUUAUAAACGGGGGUGAUGUGAUCCAGAAGUGUCACAUCCAGACAUUUGGGACCAUGCAUAAUCUGGCACGGUACCUCAUCUUCUUUCAAUACAUUGGAACAAAAUACAGGGGUGUAGUGAAAGUGCCUCCACAACAGCUGCAGAUAAAAGGGGUCCAGGAUCACUUGGAGGAAGCCAUAAGGAGACUGAGGCCACUCAACCCUGUAUCUCUGUCAGUCUCCAGCAGGACAGAUACAGGUGUCCACGCCCUCUCCAACUCUGCCCACUUCGACCUCCAACGCAGAAAUGAUAAGCCACCAUUUACUGAAGACAUUCUUGUCCAGGCCCUCAAUUUCCACCUCAGGACAGAGGAAAUCAAGGUCACCCACGCCUACCGUGUGCCUGACAAUUUCCAUGCCCGUUUUCGUGCCCAGUCUCGGACCUACGUCUACCGGAUAGCGCUGGGAGUCUCCCACUUCUCUCAGCUUCCCCUCACAGACCACGAUCUGUGCUGGAGCCUCCACAACACGGAGCUAGAUGUGGAAGCCAUGCACAAGGCUGCUGCCAUGUUUGUCGGGACUCAUGACUUCAGCAGCUUCAGGGCAAUCAACUCCGACAUGGCUUUUAAAAGUCCUGUCAAGACGAUGGAUGUGGUCAGCGUAAAGCCAGGAAGCUCCUUCGCAAAGGCACACUUCUACAGGGAGAUGCCACUCUGGGAACUGACUUUUAGAGCUAAAUCUUUCCUCUACAAACAGGUGCGGAGGAUGACAGGGGCCAUGGUGGCAGUGGGCCUGGGGAAGCUUUCGGUUCCCCAGCUGAAAGAGAUCCUGGAGGCUCGGGACACUCUGGUCUACCCACAGGGCCUAGCUGCUCCAGCCCGAGGCCUCUUCCUCACCAAGGUGGACUACAAAGAGACAGACCUGCAGCUUCCCUCCAGUGGAAAUUCCAAAGAUUAAUCUGACUUGAACAAGCCUGUUCAUGUUUGUAUACUUUUAUGCAACUGUAUGUAAUUAAUGUAAUAAAGUUUUUGUAUUUAUAUGUGUGUUUCUUUACUGGGACCUACAAAAGGCAGCUGGUGGUCCAAUU